AAAAAAUAAAAAAUGUCAAUUUCACUUGCCACAUGUCUAACUUACCCCAAUCCGUGUCAAUGAACUCUGAAUUCGGUGCUCAACAUCCUCCUCCUCCUUGUCUCGCUGCUGCGUCCUCUCAAUCUUCCCCUUACAACAGAGAUCAUAAGAUGGCUUCUUCUGAACAACUCGUUUUCGAACUCAGUAACCCUGAGCUCCGUGAAAACGCUCUUCUCGAACUCUCCAAGAAGAGAGAGCAAUUCCAAGAUCUAGCUCCAUUGCUAUGGAAUUCAUUUGGCACUAUUGCAGCACUUUUGCAGGAAAUAGUGUCAAUAUACCCUGUAUUGUCACCUCCCAAUCUCUCUCCUGCACAAUCGAAUCGAGUGUGCAAUGCUCUUGCUCUUCUUCAGUGUGUGGCUUCUCAUCCUGAUACAAGGAUGCUAUUCCUGAAUGCUCAUAUUCCGCUGUAUCUGUAUCCCUUCCUGAACACCACAAGCAAGUCAAGACCUUUUGAGUACUUGAGGCUUACCAGUCUUGGUGUCAUCGGUGCAUUGGUGAAGGUUGAUGAUACCGAGGUUAUUAGUUUUCUGCUUUCGACUGAAAUAAUUCCCCUGUGCCUGCGUACCAUGGAAAUGGGGAGUGAGCUCUCCAAAACUGUUGCGACAUUCAUUGUUCAAAAGAUUCUGUUGGACGAUCUGGGCUUGGACUACAUUUGUACCACAGCUGAGCGCUUUUUCGCUGUAGGUCGAGUUCUUGGAAACAUGGUGGCAGCUCUUGCUGACAUACCAUCAUCUCGUCUGUUGAAGCAUAUCAUUCGAUGCUAUCUUCGCCUGUCAGAUAACCUAAGGGCUUGUGAUGCAUUAAGAAGCUGUCUUCCAGACAUGUUAAGGGACGCUACUUUUAGCAGCUGCCUUCGUGAGGACCCCACAACUAGGAAGUGGCUGCAACAAUUGCUUCACAAUGUUGGAGGGAAUCGGGUUCCUGCAUUACAAGGCGGUGGAGGCUUCGAUCAUCUAAUGGUGAAUUGAGUGUAAACUGUUAUAGUUCUUAUUUAUAGUUUCAAUGCUGGAAUUUGGUGUACUUAUUUAUUGGUGCACUGAAACUAUAAUGAAGACUUUUCUGUUUGUCAAAUAAUUAUUUUAGGCUUUUAGCCAAUUUGGUGGUUAUUUUCACGCCACCAACAGUACACUCCACUUCUUUGGGGGAGUAUGUACAUUUACAUAUCAAAUGAUUAAAUUUUAAGACAUCAUUGAGAAAUGGCUUUUU